AUGGAGAUCUACACCCCCUUCGGAGCUUCGUGGAUUUCAUUCCUUGCGACCGUAUCAUUCUGUCUGUUGAUAUUGCUCCAUGCCUAUCGAGUGGUGACCACAAAACCUCCUAUUCCGGAUGACGUGCCAUGGGUCGGAAGAGACCCGUCGAAGUGGUUUGGUCAAGCCCGCGCAAGACUUGCCAGCUUUCGGAGAAUGCCCGAAUGGCUCUUUGAAGGAUAUCAAAAGUACAGGUCCAAGCCGUUUGCCAUAUCCGAUCCAAGCGGGAAGCCAGUGAUUAUCCUUCCCCGUUCCGAUAUCAAAUGGCUACUCGAUUUCCCAGACGACAUCAUCUCCACCAUCGAAUUGCAUUAUGAAGUCCUCGCAGGAGCAUAUGCUUUUACGGAUUCCGAAAUGGUCAAGGAGCCCUUCCAAAACCAUGUUAUCCACCGCUCUCUCUCACGACGCGUGAAUGGCUUGACGGAGGAGAUCUGGGACGAAAUCACGGCUGCCAUUGAUGAAUCAUGGGGAAUUGAUACGGAGCACUGGAAAGAUGUUCAUGUGUACAAUACCAUGAUGUUCACGAUCUCCCGCGUCUCGAACCGAGUGUUUGUCGGCCUGCCGCUCUGCCGCAAGGAAGAGUUCCUCCGACCCAUGCGGGCAUUUGCGCAAGGCGUCAUGUUCGUCGCCGGUCUCCUUCAUUUCGUUCCUAGCUUCUUAAAACCCAUCAUCGGCCACGUAUUGGCCAUCCCGAACCACUUCUUUUACUACCGAGGCGCAAGAUAUACGGUCCCGAUCAUCAAAGAACGGCUAGCGAACACGGAACGGAAGGAGAAAGAUCCAAGUUUCCGGUAUAGGGCGCCAAAUGACUACAUUACCUGGCAUAUCCAGCUGGCCAGGGCGGAGGGGCGGCACCAGGAGCUCGCCGUGGACCGAAUCGCUCGUCGGAUCAUGCCCAUCAAUUUCGCCGCGAUCCAUACCACGACUUUUGUGAUUGUGAAUGCGCUUUUCGACAUUCUAUGCUCACCUCCCAUCGCAGUAGAGGCCAUGCCUGAAAGCAAUGCGACAGAAAGGAAAGAGGGUGUCUUGUGCUCUCGUUCCGCCAUCGCAAAGCUCACGUUUGCCGAUAGCUGUAUUCGUGAGAGCAUGCGCGUCUCGAACUUUAUGACUCGCGAACUAGAACGUAAGGUCAUCAAGAAAGAUGGCGUCCGGCAUCCGGGUGGAUGGGUGGCUCCCUACGGUGCAGUCCUCGCGGUGGAUGGGCAUUCGAUCCACCAUGAUCCGUCGAUCCAGGGUGAAAAUGCGGGGGAGUUCGAUGCGUUGAGGUUUCAUCGAAGCACUGAGCCUAUCGAGCAGAGGGACAAUGCAUUAGACAAGGUGCUCAAGCGAAGGCAAGUCGGGAUGGUAACCACCAGCGAUUCAUUCCUCGCUUUCGGCCACGGCAGACAUGCGUGCCCCGGUCGUUUCUUCGUCGCGUACGAGCUGAAGCUUUUGCUUGCAUAUAUUGCUAUGCACUAUGAGAUGGAGCCGCCAACGGAGCGGCCCAAGAACACAUGGUUUGGGACGAGUGUGCUGCCGCCGAUGGAUGCGACGAUACGGGUGCGACGGAGAAACGAUGAAUCGCGACUAUGA